AUGCUCUGGUACCACCAACAAGAGACCGGGUUGAUGACCUUGAUUGGAUACAGCUACUCCGGCAGUGACCCCGUCUAUGAGACGCAGUCAGAUAAACACUUUGAGAUUACAAGGGAGAACGUGCUUGCAGGAGCUCUGAUCAUUCGCAGUGCGGAUCCAGCAGAUUCAGCUGUGUAUUUCUGCGCUGCUACUGGAAGCCAGACGAUCGUCAACAUGCUCAUCACAGUCCUUUAUCUGUCACUUAUUUUAAACUCAGGUCUCACAGUUAAUGUUCUGCAGUCUGGAGAUCAAGUGUCUCGACCAGGAGUCACAGUGAUACUGGAGUGCAGCCCGGGUCCAGAGGUCACCCUGCAAACCAUCUUCAUGUACUGGUAUCGACAAAAGCACUACGCAGCUCCUGUAGAGUUCCUCCUGUCAGAGUUAGAUUUCUCUGUGGGGCACUUUCAGUCGAUCAUCGAUCAAGACAAGAACCGCUUCUCUCUUCAAAUCGAUGAAGUGUUUCUCAACGACAGCAGCAGAUACUACUGUGUUGCCAGCCACAGUGAUGCACAAAGACCAGACAGACGUCACAAAUGCUAUGCUGCUGUGGGUGCUCGUGGUUUGUUGCCAGAAAAAUGGCUGUUUGUAACCUGGGGCUCUCGAUGGAGAAGAAAACAUCAACACUCUGAAGGAGACAGUCAGUGUGACACUGGAAGUGAAGCGUACUUUGGAAAAGGAACAAAACUGACUGUUCUGGAGUAUGAUAUCAAGCCACCAACAGUGGAGGUGCUCAUACCAUCAGAAAAAGAGUGUCGAAACCCUCUGGACAAUGAAAGACAGAAGACCUUAGUGUGUGUGGCCAGUGGGUUCUACCCGGACCAUGUCAGUGUGUCCUGGAAGGUUGACAAUAAAACCGUCACCAGUGGUGUAGUAACGGACGAAGCUGCCCUGCGGGAAGGCAAGUCCUACAAAAUCACCAGCCAGCUGAGGGUCUCUGCCGAGGACUGGUACAACCCCGAGCGUCGGUUUGAGUGCUUCGUCAGAUUCUUCAAUGGGGCGGAAUAUAUCGAUUAUCCAUCAUCAAUCUCUGGUGAUACAGCUCCAGCUGACGUCCUGACCAAAGAAGAAUAUCUGAGGAUCACAACGAAAGCCAAACUCUCCUACGGUGUGUUCAUCGUCAAGAGCUGCGUCUACGGAGCCUUCGUGGCCUUUUUGGUUUGGAGACUCCAGAGUUCAGCUCAGAAGCAGAGGAACUGAGACCUGAGCGUGAAGGGAAAUGAACGGUUGCUUUAUGUAAAUAAAUCUGAGAACACAAUAAUCCUAUAAAGCUGUGAGUCACAGUGCAUUUGUAUUAGUAAAUAAAUAUAAAUUGUUAAAAUUCUGCACUUAGUCGAUAAAUCUGCAUGUUCUUGUAAAGGAUCUUAAAUCUAUAACCUGCAUGAAAAAAGAAUAAUCUGCAGCAGACUUGUUUUCGCUGCUUUAUAAUUCUCUGUGUUAGUUUGUGUUGCGCUGCUUGUGUGAUUCAUUUUCCUCUCAAUAAAAGUAAUUCAAGGUAACUCGA